AUGCCUCGGGUAGGCCCCUUGACCUCAACUUGUCCAGUGGUGAAGGAUUGGACGUGGGAGGUGCAGUGUGGAAGGAACAUUCUGGUGGUGAUUCUGCAUGUUCCCAUGCUGCCCAUGUUCUCCCCCCCUCCGUCCCGUCAGGGACCUCUUGAGUCCGACUUGCUCCUCACUGCAGCUGCUGCUCGAACAAGCCUGCCAGAAUGGGCCACCACCAUGCAGCAGCAGCGGCAGCAGCGACAGCAGUGGCGACAGCACGAGCAGCAGAAAGAGGGGGCUGUCAUGGGGUCUUCACCUCUCUUUCAUUCCAGCAGCAGCAGCAAUGGAAACUCCAGUUACCAGCACCGAGUGCUUCAGCAGACGACGGGCGAUACAUCCUUUGCGGAAAAGAACCAAGGCAUGGUGGUGCUCCAACUCCUGUCAGCAGGCGCGUUUCAGUAUGGGCGCUUCUACUCGCCGCUGUUCAUAGGAUCACCCCCCAGGAUGUACGUGGCGCUGGUGGACACGGCAGUGAGCCUCUCCUGGCUCUACUGCGACUGCAUCAAGUGCCCCCAGGACUCACCAGUCAUCAAGGAGCGCACCUUCUACACAACGCUCAACUCCACGUCAGCAGCGCUGCUCAACUGCACGUCCCCAGCGUGCCUCCAGCUGCCUGCAGCAGGCUGCUCUGCGCUGCCGCGCAACCUCUCGCGCUCCAACUCCUCCUGUGACCUGCGCUAUGCGCCUGCGGGAGACCUCGUGCAGGAUGGCAUGCUGCUCAAGGUUGUUAAGGGUGGGGCUGCCAGCGAGCAAGCGGCAAGAAUCAACUUUGGCUGUGGGCGCAUGGACGUGGGCUACGGGGGCUCAUCAGUUGACGGGGUGCUGGCUCUCGGCUCGCGCCCCUACGGGCUGCUAGCGCAGCUGAACGCGUCUCUGGGCCUGGCGCGCGCCUACUCCCUGUGCUUCGACGGUGGCAACCAGCGCGGCGCUCUGCUCAUGGGCGAUGCCGAUGCUCCCCCGGGGAUGGUCACCACUCGCCUGAGGCUGCUGCCGAAUGUCUCCCGCCCCUUCCUAGCGGUGCAGAGCAUGCGCAUGGGCAGCAGUGCAGUGGGCAACAGCUCGGAUCUCGCAGCGCUCGUGAACGGCACGCAGGGGGGAUUCACAGUCGACACGGCCGUGCUCUAUUCAGGCUUCCACAGACUUGUGUUUAACACCAUGGUCAACAUGCUGUUUGCAGAUCCCUCUCUCACCCGGACUGGCUCGGAGGACAAGGCGUGCGUUGUCAAUGACGAAGCGGCGAAGAAGGUCUACUUCCCGCCCAUCCUCAUCGACUUUGCCGAGGGCAGCCUCACAGUGCUGCCACAGAACUACAUGGUGGUGAAUGAGACGGCGCAGUGCUUCGCUGCCGUGCCUCUGGAUGCCAAUGCCACUCAGUCCGCAUUCCUGGGAACCAUGUGGAUUCGCGACCAGUUCCUCACGUUUGACUACACCAGGAACAUAUUCUCCUUCCAAUCCAUGAACUGCACCACACUCACGCCCAUCACAGCCCCACCCCCACCUCCUCCUCUCGUAUUCACUGUCCCAGAGCCCCGAUCCAAGGGUGCGUGGGGGGGGGAGAAAGAGGGGCGCUGGGGUCCUUUGGCUCUCGUUACUCGUAGUCCACGAUCGCGCCCCCUUCUAUUCGUCGCCCACGCUUCCAACCGUCGCUCCCUUCCAUUCGCCGCCCUCCCUUCCGCUCGUCACCCUCCCUUCCGCGCGUCGCCCUGCUCGUCGCUCUACCUUUCGCCCGUCGCCCUCCCAUCCGUUCGCCGCUCUACCUGCUACGCGUCGCCCUCCCAUCCGAUCGUCGCUCCCGUCGCCCUCCCAUCCGAUCGUCGCUCCCGUCGCCCUCCCUUCCGCCCGUCGCCCUCCCUUCCGCCCGUCGCCCUCCCUUCCGCCCGUCGCCCUCCCUUCCGCCCGUCGCCCUCCCUUCCGCGCGUCGCCCACCCUUCCGCCCGUCGCCCACCCUUCCGCCCGUCGCUCUCCCACCCGCCCGUUGCCCUCCCUUCCGCGCGUCACCCUUCUGCCCGUCGCCCUCCCUUCCGCCCGUCGUCUACCCUUCCGCCCGUUGCCAACCCUUCCGCCCGUCGCUCUCUGUCCCGUCCGUCGCUCUCCCUUCCGCACGCCGCUCUCCCUUCCGCCCGUAGCCUUCCCUUCGUCCCGACGCCCUGCCUCUCGCUCGUCCCCUCGCAAUCCCCGUCUUCCUCUCUCCCCGUCGCCCUCGCCAUCCCUCCCGUCUCCCUUCCCAUCGCGCACACUUGUCACCUUUCCCUGCUUCCACCCAUCCACUUCCCUGCUUCGCCCCACCCCUUCCCUGCUUCCCCCCAUCCCCCUCCCUGCUUUCCCUCAUCCCCUUCCCUGCUUCCCAUGUCCCCUUCCCUGCUUCCCCCCAUCCCCUUCCCUCCUCCCCCCCAUCCCCUUCCCUGCUUCACCCCAUCCCCUUCCCUGCUUCCCCCCAUCCCCUUCCCUGCUUCCCCAUGUCCCCUUCCCUGCUUCCCCCCACCCCCCUCCCUGCUUUCCCCCAUCCCCUUCCCUGCUUCACCCCAUCCCCUUCCCUGCUUCCCCCCAUCCCCUUCCCUGCUUCCCCCCAUCCCCUUCCCUGCUUCCCCAUGUCCCCUUCCCUGCUUGCCCCCAUCCCCUUCCCUGCUUCCCCCCAUCCCCUUCCCUGCUUCCCCAUGUCCCCUUCCCUGCUUCCCCCCCUCCCCUUCCCUGCUUCCCCAUGGCCCUUUCCCUGCUUCCCCCCAUCCCCUUCCCUGUUUCCCCAUGUCCCCUUCCCUGCUUGCCCCCAUCCCCUUCCCUGCUUCCCCCCAUCCCCUUCCCUGCUUUCCCCCAUCCCCUUCCCUGCUUCCCCCCAUCCCCUUCCCUGCUCCCCCAUGUCCCCUUCCCUGCUUCCCCCCAUCCCCCUCCCUGCUUUCCCCCAUCCCCUUCCCUGCUUCCCCAUGUCCCCUUCCCUGCUUCCCCCCAUCCCCUUCCCUGCUUCCCCCCAUCCCCUUCCCUGCUUCCCCCAUCCCCUUCCCUGCUUCCCCAUGUCCCCUUCCCUGCUUGCCCCCAUCCCCUUCCCUGCUUCCCCCAUGUUCCCUUCCAUGCUUUCAAAGGGGAGGUGAGGGAUGGAUGGAUGAGCGAUGGGGAGACGAGGGAUGGGGAGACGAGGGAAGGGGAGAUGAGGGAUGGGGAGACGAGAGUGUGGGGUGUGGCGUAGCAGGAGGAAGGGGAGUUGCAAGGCGCGGGGAGUCCCCAUUCUCGUUAGAGGGGAGGGAGCGUGGGCGACGGGAGGGAGGGAGCGUUAGUAGUGACGGAUGGGUGUGCGCGUACAUGCCGUAA